GUUCCAAUCUGUGGAGGGGACACGAAUGGCUUGAAGAGGUGGCAGCGGCAUCUGGGGGGGGGGGUUGUUAUGGGCCAGAACUUGAAACAAGGCACUAAGUGGAAUUGGGGAGACAAUGGUUAAAUCUAGUUUAGCAUUGAUUUAAUCCUACAAUAAAUAGUGGUUUCCUGGUCAUGUAAUGAUUGGUUUGUACUCAGUGUGGAGAAUAUAAGCAGGGACUGAGCCACAGAAGCGAAGCUGGCAGAGGCAGAGAAAACAAAGGACUGGAGGCAGGAGCUUAAGCUCUCAGAACCAAGGGGAGAAAUUCAGUUCGAUCUUCGACCUUCCUGGUGGCUGGCCUGGCCUCCUGCACUUCCCCCACCAAGGCCAGACUGGAAGGCUCUCCAGAAAGCUGCCCAGCCCCAGGAAGGAGAUAAUAAAGGAUCUGGACUUUAACCCCGGGAUCCCUUCUGGUGAUUACUGAGCUGCAACAAAGCUGCUCCCGGAGACCCCAAGAAAACUGACCAGAGAACACUACAAUUGCAGAGCAGCCUGUGCUAACACAGGACUGGGGAUGAGGUAAAUUGGAGGCGGAGGGAAGAGGAGAGGGCCUCUCAGUCUCCUUGUUUCAUCCUCUCACCCGAGGAGACCCAUUCUGCAGGUCUGGGCUGGAUCUCCAGAAGCCACUGUCAGAUGGCUCCUGUAUCACAACAUGUCAGUGUCCCAGUUUUCCCGCACCCCCUCCAGCAUGUGUCCUUAUCUUUCCCUGUCACUCUAGCCAAUCUGACAGGUGUGUGGUGGCGUCUCAGAGGUGUCUUAACGCGCAUUUCUCUGAUCAGUAGGGAUGUGGAGCACCUCUCGUGUGGCUACAUAUAGUUUUAAUUUCUUCCUGUGAAAAAUGUCUAUUCGUAUCCUUUGACCAUUGAUCGAUCGGAGAAUGGGCAGGUUCAAUUUAUCUGCAAGUGAAGGGAGGAGGAUUUCUUUACGAUCUUAAGAGCGGGCCAAGCUCCCAAAGAAGCUGGAAAAGAACCAGGAGCAGGAAGGUAAAUUUAUAGGACAAAGUAAGAGAGCAGGUGCUUCACGUCACGGACAUGCUAACGUAGCAUGGCUUAGAGGAGGAGCUGAGGAGUGGUCUGGCUCUGAGUCUGUGGCAGGUGCAGGGGGACCUUUCGAGGUGUGUGUUUGGGCCAGAAACAUCUUUAAGCCAACCGGCGGGCACCCCUCAUCGUGGUUGCUCAUUAGUCCCAGAAACUCUGGGAUCCCUGCCCGGCAGCUGUUCCUGACCACUAGCACCAUGGGUGGCCCCAGCAUCCAGGUCCGGUAACCGGGGCCAGGGUAGCCUAAGGGAAUGGCUCAUUUCUAACUCCAUCCCCCCCUAGGGAUGCACCGCAGGUUACAGUGAGCGCGUCAAUCAGUCAUUUGUUGGGGUGGGGGCGCUGAGCGUCAGCAACGGGAGGACUGCGGGCGCCUCAUGGCACCUGGCUCUUAACUCUGCUCGCAGACUCCCUGGGACCCCUCAGCGGAGGCAGCCUCGCCGGCCUUGGGCAGAGAGCCCAAGUGCGAGCGGCUGCGAGGGAGGGGGAGCGGCCCCGGGGGUCCUACAAUACAAGGCUAAGGGAGGAGGGACGGGGUAUUCUUGACGUUGCCACGUGGCAGACAGAGGUGCGUCUGCGCAGAAGGUGUCUCGCGCCUACAUUUCCCAGCCUCUUAAUAGCUCUCCCUCACGAACAGCCUCCGGCUCCUUCCUUCCUUUCCCUGACUGACUUCAUUUCCCAGGAUGCAUCUGCGAGGACACGCUGGGGUCACAACCCCACGUUCUCUUCGGUCUUCGGCGGCGCCGGACUUCCCGCCGCGGCUAGGUCCUGGGUCUACUUAGUGCGGCCGGGAGGGAAGAGCUCCCCCAGAGUCCAUUCUUCCGUCAGGCUGAGUGUGUGAGUGCGUGCAGGGGAGGCAGAAGCGGGAGGGAAAGUGGGCGGCCUCCCAGCCGCGCCCCGGACUCCGCUCCAGGUCGGAUGUGUGCGUGAGCCCGCGUACGUGCGCGCGUACGUGCGCGGUCUUGGUGGCUCGGCGUCGCGUUCGCAGGAGUCGGGCGGGUCUGGAGGCUGUAGGGGUCGUGCGGGAGCUCGGGCGGGGGCUGGGUCAGGUGCGGGAGGAGCGGCCUGGCCGGGGCGUGUCCGGAGCUGUGGAGGAGCCGAGCCUAAGGCGCGAGGAGUGCGGUUUUCCAGAUUCUGCCCUUCCCCGACAAAGAGGAGUGGAGAAUGGCUUCUGGACUUCUGAUGGCCAGGUCAAUGGCACUUAAAAACCUUCUGAGAAGGGGCCCGUGGACUUUGCCAGAUUCCGACCAAGGGACACAGGACCCAGUCACAGUGAAUCUGGAACUGAUGACGUUCCAGGAUGUGGCCGUGGACUUCACCCAGGAGGAGUGGGGGCACCUGGAGCCAGCCCAGAAGGACCUGUACAGAGACGUGAUGCUGGAGAACUACCAGAACUUUGUCUCCCUUGGAGGUCUGCCAGCCCCCAAGCCUCAUGUGAUCUCCCAGUUGGAGAGAGGAGAAGCGCCGUGGAUAGCCGAGAGAGAAGCCCUGCGAGGCCUUUGUCAAGACUCCUUUAUUCAGCAUGCAAGAUAUGAGAUCCAGGAGCCAUCUGUAAAUUACGACAUUUUUAUGGGAGCAUCAACCAAAGAGAGAUUCACAAAGAAUCCCAUUUGGAAUUCUAAGUUAGGUGAAGCUUGGGAUUUUAAUGUCUGGUUGGAAGAUCAUAAGGGAAAAGAGGAGAGGUGGUCCCAGCAAAUUACAGUCAGUCACAGAACAGCUUCUAAUGAAUUGGAUGUUUAUGAACAGAAUGUUUUUGGGAGAAGGUUCAAGUUAGGGUCUGUUCUUGUUCCCAGACAAAGAAUUACGGGAGUACAGCACCAUCAACAUGACACACUUGGAAAGAGCUUCAAACAGUUGUCAGACAUAAUUGAUCACAAUAGGAAUUCCUUAGGGAAGAAAAUUUGUAACUAUAAAUGCAAGAAACCUAUCAUUUAUCACUCAGACCUUUUUCAGUAUCAUAGAUUACAUGGAGAGAAACAUCAUGCGUGUACUCAAUGUGGGAAAACCUUCAGCAGUAGUUCAUGCCUUAUUGCGCAUCAGAGAAUCCAUACCGGAGAGAAGCCUUUUAAAUGUAACGAAUGUUCAAAAGCUUAUCGACGUAAAGCACAUCUUAUUCAACAUCAGAGAAUUCAUACUGGAGAGAAACCCUAUGUGUGUAAUGACUGUGGGAAAGCUUUCAGCAUUGAUUCAUCCCUAGUUAAACACCAAAGAAUUCAUACUGGAGAAAAGCCCUACAAGUGUAAUCAGUGUGGGAAGGGCUUUAGCCAAAAAGGACACCUUAAUCAACACCAAAGAAUUCAUACUGGAGAGAAACCCUUUACAUGUAAUGAAUGUGGGAAAGCUUUUAGCCAAUAUAAACACCUUAAUGAACACCAGAGAAUUCACACUGGGGAGAAACCCUAUGAAUGUAAUGUAUGUGGGAAAGUUUUUAGACAGUUUGGAAACCUUAGUAAACACCAGAGAAUUCAUACUGGAGAGAAACCAUAUAAAUGUAAACAGUGUGGGAAAGCUUUCAUUGAUAAUUGUGUCCUUAUUCAGCAUGAAAGAAUUCAUACCGGAGAGAAACCUUAUAUAUGUAAUGAAUGUGGGAAAGCCUUUAGUCGAGGGAUAUGCCUCAAGAAACACAAGAGAAUUCACACUGGAGAGAUACCAUAUAAAUGUAAUGACUGUGGGAAAGAAUUCACUGACAAAACAUCCUUUAUUUGUCACCAGAAAAUUCAUACUGGAGAGAAGCUCCAUGAGUGUAUUGACUGUGGGAAAACUUUUUGCCAGAAGGCAAAUCUUAAAAAACACAAAAUGAUUCAUACUGGGGAGAAGCCCUUUGAAUGUAAUGAAUGUGGUAAAGCUUUCCGAGUGGUGGGACAGCUUAACAUUCAUAAAAGAAUUCAUACUGGAGAGAAACCUUUUAAAUGUAGUGAAUGUGGAAAAGCUUUCAGAGACAGGGGUGGACUUAGUGUGCAUAAGGAAAAGCAUGGAGAGAAACGUUACACAUGUAAUGACUGUGGGAAAACCUUCAGAAACCGGGGAUACUUUCGCAUACAUCGUAAAACUCAUAAUCAAGAGAAACGAUACAAGUGUACUGAAUGUGGGAAAGAUUUCAGCCUGAGAGAAUCCUUUGUUGUUCACCAGAGAAUUCACACUGGAGAAAAGCCUUAUAAAUGUAAUGUAUGUGGAAAAGCCUUCAUUUACAAUACAUCCUACAGCAAACACCUGAGAAUCCAUACUGGAGAGAAGCCCUACACGUGUAACGAAUGUGGAAAAGCUUUUACUCAGAAGCAUUACCUUACCGAACACGAGAGAAUCCAUACCGGAGAGAGACCCUUUGAAUGCAAUGAAUGUGGGAAGUCCUUUAGGCAGAAGCAAACUUAUAAAGCUCAUAAAAAAAUUCAUACUAGAGAUAAAUCACUUAAGUAUAAUAAUCAGUGAGAGGUUGGAGAGGACACAUUUGAGAAUAUCAGUGAUUGCAUACUGUUGGACAAUUAGUGUAAAUGUGAUCAUUGUGGAAAAGCUCUAAGUUCAACCCAUAGGGAAACCGACCACCUCAGAAUUCAUCUAUAACUAAGACUAUGAUUACAAUCAUGGAUUGAUUCUUGCAUGUGUAUUUUAACUUUUUAUUACAGGCUUCAUGUGGAAAAUUUACUGUGGUGUUUUAGUAUGGGAAAUGAUAUACUUCAUAGGAUCACAAGGUCAUACAUAAAGUUGGAAAGGACCUUAAAAGGACGUUGAGUCCAACUGCCUCAUUUUAUAGACGCAGACACAAAGGAAAAGUUAUUAAGUGACUUGCCCAGAAUCAUAUAGCCAUUAAGUAUAUGAGGCAGUAUUUAAAGGCAGGUAUUCCUGACACAGUCUGGUGCCCCAUCCACUAGUCUAUGCUUCCUUUAGUCUUGUUACUUGUUAAAUACUGAAAGGCAAAAUGUUAAAAAAAAUUUUCACAAGUUAAAAUAUUAUUUGGGAAUCUGAAAGGGAAAAGUAAUAAUCAUAGUAACAAAUAAUAAAAACUUUUAAUAUAGAAUGCUGCCUAUUUUAGUUGUUGAAAUUGUAUGAUUAGAUUCUGAAACAGCCCCUAUGGAGCAAGUUUCAUAAAUAAUUUCAAUAAAUUGAUAGCAAAAGAUUACAUAUAGUCACUAAAUAACAGGUGGCUUUCCUAUCAUAACAGGAGAAUGGAUAGUAUAGUUUCUCUGAAAUAAUUAAUCCUGGGGCUUGGUUGGAAGGGUCCACUCUGUACCCAUUUGACCUGAAAUGCAAUUAUAGUAGUUGCAAUUAUGAGUAGUUAGAGCUCAAAAUUAACUUGAAGGAGUUCUGUUUUAACUAUCUUGUGAGAUAGAAACCAUCCAUUUAAUAAUAGGAAUUUGAGAAUAAUGAACUUUUGGUUUUACUUUUUUUUAAGUAUUUUUUUAUUUUUUAUUUUAUUUUUUCUCAGUAUUUUAUUUUUUCCAAAUUCAUGUAAAGAUAGUUUUCAACAUUCAUUUUGUAAAACUUUUGUAUUCCAUUUUUUUCUCCCUCCCUUACCUUCCCCCUUUUCAAGACAGCAAGCAAUCUGAUACAGAUUAAAUAUGUGCAAUCCUUUUAAAUGUAUUUCCAUAUUUGUCACAUUAUACGAGAAAAAUCAGACCAAAAGGGGAAAAAACCAUGAGAAAGAAAAAAAAAAGGUGAAAUUACUAUGUUUCAAUCCACAUUUAGUCUCCAUGAUUCUCUGGGUGCAGAUGGCAAGUCUGUUGGAAUUGUCUUGAAUCGCCACAUUGUUGAGAAGAGCAAAGUCCAUCACAGUUGAUCCUCACAUAAUCUUGUUUACGUGUACAACUUUCUUCUGGUUCUGCUCUCUUCGUUCAGCAUUAGUUCCUGUAAGUGUUUCCAGGCUUUUCUGAAAUCAGGCUGCUCAUCAUUUCCUAUAGAACAAUAAUAUUCCAUUACAUUCAUAUAUUUGGUUUUACUUCUUGCAAGGUUCAGCAAAUUCCCAGCUGGGUCUGAAUAAGAAUUGGACCCUGGGUCAACAAAUCUACUACAACUUGUUUGGGAAAUUUGAACUACAGUAUAAUGAAGCAUAAACAGGCAACUAUAUUAAAUUCUCUUUGGACUGGAGCAUUAUUGGUGUCAAUAAUCAGUGGGAUUAAACUACACUUGCAAUGUACUGGCAGAUGAAAAUCCCAGAAGACAAAACCAAUCCACAUGUAGUGCACUUUGCGCAUUUCUUCCAAGUCCCUUUUGCAUGUCACCCCCUAUGUUUACACUUUAUUCUAUGUAAUAAACCAAAAUACAAUCUACUUAGAAGAAUCCCUAUGCCCAGAAGUACCUUUUGUGCCCAUUUCCUAUACCCUUAUAACCCCUUAUUAUGUUCAAUAGUCCAGUCCUCCUAUGUGUUCACUCUGUUAGAUGUGUGGUAGAAAAGGGCUAGGUACCCUCUUGAUGAUUUUUCGGAGGGAAUUCUUUUGAUAAUUGUCAGGACUAGACGAUUUCUAAUAAUCCAUAAUAUGGUGAGAUAAUUUAGUGAGAUGAAUUUUAUCAGUUUCCAUCAGGCUAGUUCUGCAGUUUGAUGCCAGCCUGGUUGGCAGAGAAAGAGAUAACUAACCCUUUUAGCUACCCAGUGCAGUAAAACAGUCCAGGAUUUUCUAAAUAGCAGUGAUCUUAAUCGAGCUGACUCCUUGUGAAUAGUUCAUUUAAAAGUUAGUUUCUUUUUCCCCCCACUUUGGUAGAUUCAUUCCCUGCAUUGGAUCAGGGAAUCCUGAUCAGACAGACACACUGAUAAAACAUAAAUGGGCCUGAAUUGGGCCAGUUCUGGACAGUAGUUUUUGAAAUUAUGCAAGUAAAAUAAAUGAGAUCCCAUUUUCAAGCAUGUUAUCCCAUAUAAAGAUCAGGUAUUAAACUUCAUAGCAGCACUUUGGUAGUAAAUGAGUGGGUACACAUUGAUUAGUAAAAGGCCAAAAAAUGGCAUAAUGGAAUAUUUGUAAAGACAUGAUCGAAUAGAGGAAUCCAGAGAAACCUGGGAAUAUUUGAGGAUAUAGAAUGACUUAAAAGAAUCAACAACUAUACUAAUGUGAUCUAAAAGACCACCUUAUGGAAAUGAAACUGCAUAAUUGAUUAAUGGAGGUUUUAGGAAACUUCAUGACGACAUUGAGGAAGGGGAUAACAAUGUACAUUGAAAGUUACAAUCACUCUUGGAAGUUUUGAUUGUUUUGCUUUGUUACAAGAAAGUUUUGUAUCAGUCUUUCCAAGAAAACUGAUGUAAAAGAUAAAAAUUCAAUAAAACAUGUAUUUUUAAAAA